AUGGGAGAAGAAAGCUUCCAAUAUUCCUUCAUAAGCAACCGACUCGCCGCCCGCCUGCCUGCCUGCCUGCCUCCCGUCCGUCCGCCGUCCGUCCUCCCGCGGCCGGGCCCUCCGCCUCAGGGCUCCCUCAACAAGGAGCUCCCUCAACAAGGAGCUCCCUCAACAACGAGCUCCCUCAACGAGCCCCCUCAACAACAACGAGCUCCCUCACCGCCCCCCGCCCGGCCCCGGCCCCGGCCCCGCCCGCCGACGAGCCGCGGAGAUGGAGGCGGUGGGGGCGGCCGCGCCGACGCUCACCUCCUUCCUCCGGGACCGACCGAGCGAUCGCCGGGGGGCUCAGCCCGCUCCGCCGCCCCCGCUAAGGACGGCACCACCCAGCCCCGGCCGCCAUCUUCCUUCUUCUCACGGAGCCGCCCGCCCGGGUCACGUGCCGCCGCCCCCGCCGCCACCGCCCCUCAGGGUCACGUGUCGCCGCCCCCGCCCCUCAGGGUCACGUGCCACCGCCCCCGCCGCCCCCGCCCCUCAGGGUCACGUGCCGCCGCCCCCGCCCCUCAGGGUCACGUGCCGCCGCCCCCGCCCCUCAGGGUCACGUGCCGCCGCCCCCGCCGCCCCCGCCCCUCAGGGUCACGUGCCGCCGCCCCCGCCCCUCAGGGUCACGUGCCGCCGCCCCCCGCCCCUCAGGGUCACGUGGUCGUCCAGCCCGAGGACGCCGUUGGGCAGUUUGGGCGCGACAUCCCGAAGGCCGAGAUGGAUCCUGCCUCCAACCAACACCAAAGGGUGCAAACCUAA